GCUGGCUGCGGACAGUCGCGGCGCUGCGCUCGCACCAUGCGGCCGCUGCUGUGCGCGCUGGCCGGGCUCGCCCUGCUCCGCGCCGCGGGCGCCGUGGCCGUGAUCGAGUCCCCCAGCCCCUCCCGAGGACAUCCAGCUUGGAGCCGAGGUUGUGACCACAUUGCCAUCCAGGGCCGCUUAAACAUCAUGGAAGAGAAGGUGGAGAAGACCGUGGAGCACCUGGAGGCAGAAGUAACAGGCCUGCUGGGCUUGCUGGAGGGGCUGGCCUGGAACCUGCCCCCCGAGCCCUUCGGCCCCACGCCUGACCUCCUCGGAGAUGAUCACUUCUGACCACCAGAAGGGCUGCAUCCCUCCGAGAAGCGAAACGGAUCUGCCAGCUUUUGUACCCCACCUUUGUGUAAGAUAAACACCUCUGUUCCGGCUCUCUGUUUGCUGACAGUGACCUCUCCAAGUGCAGCCCGGCGCCCACCAAUGCCCAGAGGCCAGUCAGUGUCAGACAGGACCCACUGGGGGCUUCAUUCACAGCACCGAGGCACCUGUGGCCCAGGGUCCUAAUGGGAUACAGAAAGUCCUUUUUGUGGCCACAGAGCAGCAGCCGUGGCACCAGGGGACCCUGUCAGAAAGAGGGGUUCUUGGACCCAUCCAGGCUGAAUAGGAAUUCGUCUCUUCCUGGGGUUCCCCAGUGGGCUUGUGUGACUAUGAAAGAACACCCACCCACCCCCACCCUGUACUGGGGAUCCACCCACUGAACCUCUGCACCAUCCACCGCUUAAAACUUCUUCCUAUCAGGUAAAAUUCACAUUACAUAAAAUUCACCAUGUUAACUGGUAUAAAUUGAGGGCUUCCAGUGCAUUCAGAGGGUUUUGAGGGCUGGGGAGAUGUCUCAGCAGUUAAAGCACUUGCCUGCAAAGUCUAUCAACAUGAGUUCAACUCUUCAGUAUGUGUAAAGCCAGAUGCACAAAGUGAGGCAUGCAUCUGGAGUUUGUUUGCAGUGGUCUGCCCAUUCUCUCUGUUUUUCUUCUAUGCUUGCAAAUAAAUAUAUAAAGGGUUUUGAAAUCA